ACCUUGAAAUGGAGAAUGAAGAGGGUUACACAGAACUUCAUUUCAAAGCCAGGAAGAAAAGCUCCAAUGCAGAACUUCCCUCUAAUUCUUCAGGGUUGUGGUAUCUUGCUGCUCUCUCAGGAUUUCUGAAUGUUGUAUUUCUGGGAGCUGUGAUCACAUUAAUUCAGCAAUGUGGCUUUCUACCAAGUGGCAUGUCAGAGCCCAGAGGAAAUCUUUCUGAAAGUGACAGCAUCUUUGAGGAAGAUCUUAAUGAAAACAGCUUACUGACUACAUUAAAGGAAAGCUUAUGCAUGAAUACAAAUGACACCAGAUGUGAACUCUGCCCCACCGGCUGGAAGCUGCAUUAUGGGAGAUGUUAUUUCUACUCAGAAACUCGUGACACCUGGGAAAAUAGUAGAAAUUAUUGCUCAGGAAAAAAAUCUGAGCUCCUGGUUAUAGAGGAUGAGACUGAAAUGGAUUUCUUAAACAAACUGAAGAAUAAAGACAUUGGAUUUGUUUGGACUGGAUUAAGAUUUGAUGAGGAGGAAGGAAGAUGGGUAUGGCUCAAUGAUCCCAACCAUUCUGGGCACAGUUUUACAAUAAAAGGAAGGAAGAAAGAAGAAAAAUGUGCUGCCUAUAAAUUGACAAAAAUGCAUGCUGAUAACUGCCACUCCCUGUACAAGUGGAUUUGCAAGAAGACUGCAGUCCUUCUGGGAAUCUAAGAUAUUGUAAAGUGCAAGUGAAUAGGGUCUUUGAAGGGUCUUUGAUGUUUACAACACUUCACAGUGGGUAGGACACCUGAUAUAAAAUGAAGGGGAAAUUGUUGACCUGAAUUGUGAGGUAUCAAUGCAUUGUGAUUCUAUUUGUGAUUAAAGUCCAAGAAGAUUUCA